AGAAUCAAGCUAUAGAACUAGCCUGGGGUCACCAGCCUGCAUUCUUAAGCUGGGUAGAAGGCAGGCAUUUUCAUGAUCAAGGAGAAAAUGUAGCUGAAAUUAACCGACAAGUUGGUCAGAAACUUGGACUCUCAAAUGGAGGACAGGUAUUUCUCAAGCCGUGUUCCCAUGUCGUGUCUUGUCAGCAGGUUGAGGUGGAACCCCUCUCAGCAGAUGACUGGGAGAUCCUGGAGCUGCAUGCUGCUUCCCUAGAGCAAAACCUUCUAGAUCAAAUUCGAAUAGUUUUUCCAAAAGCUGUUUUUCCUGUUUGGGUUGAUCAACAAACUUACAUAUUUAUCAAGAUUGUUGCUCUAAUGCCAGCUGCUGCUUAUGGAAGGCUGGAAACUGACACCAGACUCCUCAUUCAGCCAAAGACACGCCAAGCCGAAGAGAAUACAUUUUCAAAAGCAGAUGACAUGUGUGGAAAAUUUUACAGUUAUGGAAGAGACCAAAAAGGAAUGACAAAGGAACUUUCAGUCAAGCAACAUCAGUCAGAUACUAUGGGAGUCACUGAAUCUAACAAAAAAGAGCACGCGGUUCCAGUGGACUCCUCAUUGACCCCAAGCUUAUGGGACGUGAUAGGAAGUAUUUUUUCUUUUGGAUCUGAAAAGAAACAGGAGACAUCCUGGGGUUUAACUGAAAUCAAUGCCUUUAAAAAUAUGCAGGCAAAAGCUGUUCCUCUGGACAAUAUUUUCAGAGUGUGCAAGUCUCAGCCUCCUAGUGUAUAUCAGGCAUCAGUACCUCCUGUGUUUCACAGGCACUGUGCCAUUCACGUAUUUCCAUGGGACCAGGAGUAUUUUGAUGUAGAGCCCAGCUUUACUGUGACCUAUGGAAAGCUGGUAAAGCUACUUUCUCCAAAGCAACAACAGAGUAAAACAAAGCAAAAUAUUCUGUCACCUGAAAAAGAGAAGCCAAUGUCAGAGCCACUCCAUCAAAAACAAAUUAGCUCUGAUCAUAGCCAAGAAGCUGGUAAGGCCUGUGUGCUGCAGGUAAUCUGGAAUGGACUUGAGGAAUUGAAGAAUGCUAUGAAAUACACCAAAAAUAUGGAAGUUCUCCAUCUUGGGAAAGUGUGGAUUCCUGAUGACCUGAGGAAGAGACUAAAUAUAGAAAUGCAUGCAGUAGUCAGAAUAACACCAGUGGAAGUUACCCCUAAAAUUCCAAGAUCUCUGAAGUUACAACCUAGAGAUAGUUUACCUAAAGACAUAAAUGAAGAAGACAUAAAAACUGUGUUCUGUUCAUGGCUACAGCAGUCUGCUACCUCCACGCUUCCUUUGGUAAUAUCAGAGGAAGAAUUUAUUAAGCUGGGGAUUAAAGAUGUGUUGAAGGAAUUUUCUCUGAGUAUAGGUCAUUCUUGGGAAAAAGAAAAAGAAAAAAAUAUUUUUCUGUUGAGUUCCAAUCUGCUGCACAAGACCACAAUACAAGUCCUUCUAGACCCUAUGGUAAAAGAAGAAUACAGUGAGGAAACUGACUUUAUUCUUCCUUUUUUAAAGCUGAACUCUUUGGGAGGCAUAAAUUCCCUGGGCGUCUCCUCCCUAGAGCACAUCACUCACAGCCUGCUGGGGCGCCCUCUGUCUCGGCAGCUGACAGCCCUUGUGGCGGGACUCCGGAAUGGAGCCCUUCUACUCACAGGAGGAAAGGGAAGUGGAAAAUCAACUUUGGCCAAAGCCAUUUGUAAGGAAGCCUCUGACGCACUGGAUGCCCAUGUAGAGAUGGUCGACUGUAAAGCUUUGCGAGGAAAAAGACUUGAAAACAUACAAAAAGCCCUAGCAGUAGCCUUCUCAGAGGCAGCAUGGAGGCAGCCUUCCGUCAUUCUGCUGGACGACCUUGAUCUCCUCAUGGGACCUCCUGCAGUCCUGGAGCAGGAGCAUAGCCCCGAUGCAACGCAGAGCCGGCGGCUCGCUCACGCUUUGAACGAUAUGACGAAAGAGUUUAUUUCCAUGGGAAGUUUGGUUGCACUGAUUGCCACGAGUCAGUCUCAACAUUCUCUGCAUCCUUUCCUUGUUUCUGCUCAAGGAGUUCACAUAUUUCAGUGUGUCCAACAUAUUCAACCUCCUAAUCAGGAACAAAGAUGUGAAAUGCUGCAUAAAGUGAUAAAAAAUAAGCUGGACUGUGAUAUAAGCAAGUUCACUGAACUUGACCUGGAGCAUGUAGCCAAAGAAACUGAAGGGUUUGUGGCUAGGGAUUUUACAGUGCUUGUGGAUCGGGCCAUACACGCUCGCCUCUCUCAUCAGAGUGUAUUCACCCGGGAAGAAUUAGUUUUAACAACAUUAGACUUCCAAAAGGCUCUCCAAGGGUUUAUUCCUGCAUCUCUUCGAAAUGUCAACUUGCAUAAGCCUAGAGACCUAGGUUGGGAUAAGAUUGGUGGGUUGCAUGAAGUUCGGCAAAUUCUCAUGGAUACCAUCCAGUUACCGGCCAAGUAUCCAGAAUUAUUUGCAAACUUGCCUAUACGACAAAGAACAGGAAUACUAUUGUACGGUCCUCCUGGGACAGGAAAAACCUUACUGGCUGGGGUAAUUGCACAAGAGAGUGGAAUGAAUUUUAUUAGUGUCAAGGGACCAGAGUUACUCAGCAAAUAUAUUGGCGCAAGUGAGCAAGCUGUUCGAGACGUUUUUAUUAGAGCACAGGCUGCAAAGCCCUGCAUUCUUUUCUUUGACGAAUUUGAAUCCAUUGCUCCUCGGCGGGGCCAUGAUAAUACAGGUGUUACAGACCGAGUUGUCAACCAGCUGCUGACUCAGUUGGAUGGAGUGGAAGGCUUACAGGGUGUUUAUGUACUGGCUGCUACUAGUCGCCCUGACUUGAUUGACCCUGCCCUGCUCAGGCCCGGGCGUCUCGAUAAAUGCGUCUACUGUCCUCCUCCUGACCAGGUGUCACGUCUUGAGAUUUUGAACGUUCUCAGUAACUCUCUGCCUCUGGCUGAGAACGUUGACCUUCAGCAAGUGGCGGCAGUCACCGACUCCUUCACCGGUGCUGACCUGAAGGCUCUGCUUUACAAUGCCCAGUUAGAGGCUUUGCGUGGAAAACUGCUGUCGUGUGGGCUUCAGGAUGCAAGUUCCAGCUCCGACAGUGACCUCAGUCUGUCUUCAAUGGUCUUUCUCAACCACAGCAGUGGUUCUGACGACUCAGCUGGAGAUGGAGAGUGUGGCUUGGGCCAGUCCCUUGUUUCUCUGGAGAUGUCAGAGGUCCUUCCAGAUGAAUCCAGGUUCAAUAUAUACCGGCUCUACUUUGGAAGCUCUUACGAAUCAGAACUUGGCAAUGGAACCUCUUCUGACCUGAGCUCACAAUGUCUGUCUGCACCAAGCUCCCUGACUCAGGAUUUGCCUGGAUUUUCUGGGAAAGAUCCAUCAUUUUCACAGCCUCCCGUGUUAAGGACAGCUUCUCAAGAGGGUUGCCAAGAACUUACACAAGAGCAGAGAGAGCAACUGAGGGCAGAUAUCAGUGUGAUCAAAGGCAGAUACCGGAGCCAAAGUGGAGAGGAUGAAUCCAUUAACCAACCGGGAUCAAUCAAAACCAGGCUGGCUAUUAGUCAGUCACAUCUAAUGACUGCACUCAGCCACACGAGACCGUCUAUUAAUGAAGAUGACUGGAAGAGUUUUGCCCAGCUAUAUGAAAGCUUUCAGAAUCCAAAAAAGAGGAAAAACCAAAGUGGAAUAAUGUUUCGGCCUGGACAGAAAGUAACUUUAGCAUAAAAUAUACUUCUGAUUUUUUUUUCCUGGCUUCACCCUGUGUUGUAACAGUAAAAAAUGGUGUCUGUAGCCGGGCUUGGUGGCUCAGCCUGUAAUCCCGCACUUUGGGAGGCUGAGGUGAUU